UGCGGUUCCAUGAUGUGUGACAACUCUGCAUACUAUUGGACUUGCCGGUACCACUUUUGAGAUCUUUCGAAGCCAUGAUGCAGCCCAUCCUCAAGCUUCAUCGGCAGUACACAAACAGAACAACUACCAGGUACCACCACCUCAAGCAGACCAAACCAGCCUCUUCCAACUCUCUUUGUUGGUAGCCGAGAGCCUGAUCCAUCCUUCCUGAAUAUAUUGAUCUGAAUCCAUAAACAGAAGAUCUUGCAAGCUUCUUGAUCUUUUGGCUGCUGCUAGUUACUUUUAGCCACUUUUAGCCUCUCCCUGUCGGUUGGCACUCUUCGCCAUUCUCGAAGAUACCUGUACUAUUGUUCCUCAUAUAUUUGUUCUGUUUAAGAGGCAGCCACAGAUACUGCUCAUCAUCAGGACCACACCACAUACAAUCUGUUCCAUCAUUUCCUUCAAGGUCAAAGUCAAAGUCUUUUGAGUACCGUGUACACAAAGUUGCGGCGAUACAAUGUCAGAAGAAGAGAAAGCAGCGUCACCUGAAGCAGAGGAGGAAUCUUCCUAUGCAUUUGAUGACUCCAAGAAUGGAAAAACCUUUGCGGAGACCUAUGUUCUAGAUAAAGAUUUGGGCAGAGGAGCCUUUUCCGUGGUCAAGGUGGGCCAUCAUCAACAAAAGACGGGAGAAUCCUUUGCCAUCAAGAUCAUUACCAAGGCAGAAAUGUACGACUUUGACAAGGAAUGUCUCAAGAACGAAUUGGCCGUCAUGAAGAGACUGCCAGCACAUGAUCACAUUGUUCAACUCUAUGACGUCUUUGACGAGACAGAUUUUGUGCACUUGAUCUUGGAAAAGGUGGAUGGAGGAGAGUUGUUGGACCGAUUGAUCAACAAGGAGAACUAUACGGAAUGUGAAGCCAGAGAUCUUUGCAAGAUUGUCAUGGAAGCCAUGACACACUGUCACAAGAACAAGGUGGCUCAUAGAGACAUCAAACCAGAGAAUAUUUUGAUGGCCUCAGAGACGGACGACUCGACAAUCAAGAUUGCCGAUUUCGGUUUUGCCAAGUUCUGCCCCGAAGACGAUUCCUUGAAAACCCAAUGUGGAUCUGCCAUGCAUGUAGCACCGGAGAUUCUGACCAAAACCCCCUACGGAACCUCGGUAGACUGUUGGGCUCUCGGUGUGGUAAUUUUUACCUGUAUCGGUGGGUAUCCUCCGUUUUAUGGCAACAACAAUCAGGAAACCUUCAAAAAGAUUCUCAAGGGAGAAUUCGAGUUCACAGAGGAAUCCUUUGGACACAUCACACAAGAUUGCCAAGAUAUGAUUACGGGAUUGCUGACCAUGGACAUGAAGGACCGAUGGUCCACACAACAAUGUUUGGACUGUGCCUGGAUGAAGGAUGAUCCCAAAAUGUUGAAGAGGAACUCUCUCCUGCCCAAUUUGAAGAAACUGGCCGAAUUCAGUGCCAAGCGAAAAUUCAAGGGGGUCGUCAAUGCGGUUAAAUUUGCCCGCAAGCUGUCCAGUUUUGAAGAAGUGGCAGCCUCGUCCAUGCAUGACGAGUCAGAAGUGAUGCACGAUGUUACCAAACCCAGGGGGCGUCGAUCUUCGAUACACGACUAGCUAGCUGGCUCUCACCAAAGAAGGGAUGGACGGACGAGAUAUCGGAGCUUGACGACGACACCGACAAGUUACAAUAUCAAAAGUCUUUUCUCGCUUCCGACACAAAAUGCUACAGCUGAAUGCCGUCGGUUCGCUACCCUGCAGCAACCAAACAACCCGAUGAAACGGAAAUACAUGUAAAUUCCCCUCUCAUAUCCUUUGAAUCACUGGCCACGGGCCGGCUACCCACCUAGAAAUUGUUCGUGUUUUGUGCCGAGUUUCUGGCUAUUUCAAUGGAGCGUUCAUUGACAUAUUCCUCCUGCUGAGGAUCCUAUCGUAGAUGAAUUUUGUCAGCCAAAGCUGUGACUUGUGCACUGUUUUUAGUUUUGCUUGUAGGGUAGUAUCCCUGAAAGAGUACGAGUGGCGCGGUCCAAACGGGUAUUCCUCCCGUGGCAACUACGGUAGUAUCUCCUUGUCAUGGAAGGGCAGUCAGUAUGCCCGGGACGCUGAUGGCAUUGUCUGCUGGGUCCAAUGCUACGGUAUACUACGAUUACCAAUUGCUAGCUCUAGCCAAAACUACAACUACUAUAAAGAAUGAAGCCAUGAGAUUUGUUGUUG